CCUGUUUCAUGAGGGGUCUUGAAAUAGAUGCGGCACCGGUAAGUUCAGAUAGACAGUAAGGCCAUCUCUAAACUCUAUGUAAGUGAGCCUUCUCCUUUUAGAUUCUGCAAGCAGUAUCUCGAUAUCUCUCCAUCUUUCAUCAAUCAAAGAGCAAAGACGCGUUCCUCCAGUCCUUUCUGUGAAGCUUGUGCACAGCACCUUCCGUUCGUUGACAUCUCCAUCUCUCCACAUUCGGAGCAGACACCCCCCAUCCAAUAUCUCCCUCCAACCCACCAUGCGUCCCGUCCGCCCCGACGGCCCCGGCCACUCCCAUUCCCACAGCUACAGCCACGCGCACAUCCCCGCCGACGACGAAGCAAAAGCGCACCUGAUCGCCUCCGCAAACCACGACCGCCUCGUCUCCAUCGGCGCCCAGAAAGUCCGCCGGUGCGAAACCGCAAUCGCCCGGAUCCGCCUCGCGCUGCGCAUCCUUUCCCUGCUCCUAUGCAGCGGCAUCCUCAUCGUUCUCGGCCAGGUCGUCGCCGUCUACUACAAGCACAAAGACUACGUCGUGGCGCACGACCAGACGCCGGACCAGCGGCUCUGGGCGCGGGGGCUGGACAUGCGGCCGACGCUGGUGCUGCUGGGCGCGUCGGUCGCCGCGACAGCGGCGAGUGCGGUGCUGUGCGUGGCGAGUUUCAGCAAGGCGGUCCGCCGCAUAACUAAAGUCGGCAACGUCGUCACCGUGCUCUUCGCCGCCUUCGGCAUCGCUGUCUGGGUUGCUGCGGCUGUGUACUUCAAAGUUGACGACUUGGAUAAGACGAAGCAUUAUGAUUUUUUGUCGUAUACGUGCGCGCGUCGCCAUGAUAAGGCGCUGGAUAAUGCGGUGGGGAACUUGGGGAGUUUGUGUGGGCAGAUGCGGGCGGCGUGGUGGGGGGCGUUGGCAGAGGGCGUGUUGGAGAUUGUUUCGUUGGCGACGGUGGUGCGGGCGUGGUGGGUGGGGAGGGAGGGGGAGAGGUAUCGGAGAUUGGGGGGAAGGGGUUGGGGUUGGGGAGUGGGUGAGUAA